GUUCGCCGCAACGCUUUCCCGUAUUUCCAACGACACAAGACGACAAGACGAGACGUCGAGUCCUUCGAGUGGAACAUUAAUUACCUACCUACCUAACCCUUGGGCACGAGAUACGCUUUCAGAAGUUAUUGUUAGGUGUACACCACGUACUCGGCCAUCGCAUGCACUGUACCUGCCCUCGCCCCAUGCCACCCGCUCCGCAAACCGACACAGGAACAUCCUUCCUCCCCAUCUCCUCCUCCCGCCGCACAUCCUCCUCCUGUACCUCUCCACCAUCCCGCCGCACCACCGACUGAAAAGGAAGCCAGCAAGAGAAAAGCACUGGGAACGUUUACUCGGGCGGAAAAGCAAUGCUCGCAAGCAAUGCUCGCGAUUGGCGCCGCACCGCAGCUCCACAAAUGGACGACCUCGACCUCGACGUCGCUUCUGCUGCUGCUGCUGCUGUUCGUCUGCAGCCCAGUACUCGCGCAGCACCAGCAGCAGCAACAGCAGGGAACCACGACGACGAAUGAGACGACGACGACGGAUAUCUCGCAUACUACCACAACCACCACAUCCACAUCCACAUCCACGCCCACGACAACACCUACCACCACCACUACUCCUACAGCCGUGGUACUCGUCGAAUCCCCCCCGUCCUCGCCCGACGGAGGUGCCGCUAGGACCACGACCACCACGACGAUAACGACCACCGUGCUGCCACACAUUCCCUCCGCGACGAAUUCGAAAUCGAAAUCGAAAGCGAAUGCGUCGAUAGCGGCGGCAGGGGCAGGGGAAGCGGUAUGUCAGUUCCGCACCAUUAAUUACAUCACGCACACGCUGCCGCAGCAAUGUCUGAAGACGAGUUGGUCUGCGCCGGCGCCGACGCAUACUGUCUUUGUCACUUUGGAGGAGGAGGGAGACGCGGGGAAUACUUCCGCUGCUGUGGUGGAAGGGCAGGAAGGGGUUCGGCAGACAACUACGACAACGGGGGAAAGGGAUGGAGCUGUUGAGACGGAUGCGUCGAGAGGGACGUCCUCGCAGUUACAGCCUGAAGAGACGGGGACACCGCAGCAGCCAGAGCACGAGGCAGAGGCCGACUCGCCGCUCGACAACGCGAAUUUCCUGUCGUUCGAGGAGUGGAAGAAGAAGAAUCUCGCGCGUGCGGGCCAGUCGCCUGAGAACGUGGGCCAGGGGCGCGGGUCGUCUUCUGGGUCGGAGGGGAGGCGGCGGCCCCCUGUGAAUAUCAAUGCCCUCGACGCGCUGGGCGAGGAGUCGGAGAUUGAUUUGGAUUUCAGCGGGUUUGGGAAUGUGGAUGAGGAGGGUGGUCCUGGGAGGGCUGGUGCGCCGUAUAGUGGCGGCGGCAGCGGUGGCAGGAAAGAGUCGGAUUCUGCGGAAACUGGGGGUGAUGGCGAGGGGAAGAUUGCACCAAGUUCGUUCACGCUCAGUAAGGAUGCUGGGAAGACGUGCAAGGAGCGAUUCAACUAUGCGUCGUUUGACUGCGCUGCUACGGUGCUGAAGACGAAUAGCAAGGCGAAGAGCUCUACCGCCGUGCUCGUCGAGAACAAGGACAGCUACAUGCUGAACGAGUGUUCUGCGGACAACAAGUUCGUCAUCAUCGAGAUGUGCGACGACAUCCUCGUCGACACGGUCGUCCUCGCCAACUACGAGUUCUUCUCGUCCAUGUUCCGCCACGUCCGCGUCAGCGUCUCCGACAGGUACCCCGUGAAGCUGGACCGCUGGCGGACGGUGGGGGAGUUCGAGGCGCGCAACUCGCGGGACCUCCAGCCAUUCCUGAUCAAGGAGCCCCAGAUCUGGGCACGAUACUUACGCAUUGAGUUUCUUACGCAUUACGGUAACGAAUUUUAUUGUCCUAUAAGCCUGAUACGAAUACACGGAACCACCAUGAUGGAACAGUUCCGACGCGACGAGGAGGAAGCCAGAGGGGAGGACGACUUCGUGGAGCCCAUUGAGGCCGCAGAUGGAGAGCCAGUCAAGACCGCCGUGGCUGUGGCGGAUGACGAUGCUGCUGGAGCUGGUACUGCAGCUGCAGUCCACACCGAGCAGCUGCCGACCGAGCCGGAUCACAAACCCGUAAACGUCGCACCCGACCCACCCAAGCAGAGCGACGACACCGCAACGGCCGCAGAUGGCGCGGAGGCUAGCCAUGCAGUCAGCCACAGCAGCGCUGGGCAUGGAGACGCUGCAGAUGCAGCCACAGAUGCCGCCAUCGCCGUGGAGCAUGAGCCACUGCACAAUGCCACCGCUGCUUCCGACGCCAAGAGCGCGAAUGACCAGCGCGAUGCAGCUUCAGCGGCUUCGUCGGACGCAUACGAGGCUAGCGACGCGAAGGAGCCCGCGGUCGAGAAGAACGACAAGACGCCACGGGCCGAAGCGCCCACCAAGACGACGAAGCAGGCGUCGUCGACGCACAACAAUCAGAACGAGUCAGCAGCGGUGGAGAGCAGGGCCCCUUCGAUUCAAGAUGCCAAGCAAGCUCCAGGAAAGUCUGCCGAACAGAACACGGCGGGCGCUGUGUCGGGAAGUGUAGCGAGCAGACCUGCGACCAAUUCGACGGGCAAUGGAAGUGGAAGUGGAAGUGGUAAUGGCAGUGGUAGUGGGAAUGGAGGCCAGUCGCAGUCCCGUCCUUCGUCGCAGACUCAACCUAAUCCCGCAUCGCCGACCACACAGGAGUCGUUCUUCAAGUCCAUUCACAAGCGGCUCCAGCAGCUGGAGGCCAACAGCACGCUGUCGCUGCAAUACAUCGAGGAGCAGUCGCGGAUCCUGCGAGAUGCCUUCAUCAAGGUGGAGAAGAGGCAGCUCACCAAGACGGAGAAGUUCCUCGAGCAUCUCAACAGCACCGUGAUGCAGGAGCUCAAGAGCUAUCGGAACAUGUACGAGCAGCUCUGGCAGAGCACGAUUCUCGAGCUCGAAGGCAUGAAGGAGAGGCAGCGAGACGAGAUCGGUGAGAUCGGCGCGAGGCUCAGCCUGGUUGCCGACGAACUCGUCUGGCAGAAGCGGAUGGCCGUCGUGCAGUCCACGCUUCUCCUGCUGUGUCUCGGACUCGUCCUCUUCGUGAGGUCCGGCACGCUGGGGAGUCAGUCGGACAUCCCCAUCGUCCAACAGCUGGGCAACACGUACUCGCGGUUCUUCGAGUCGCCGCCAGAGAGCCCGAAUCCGCCCAGCACUGGUGGCUUCCGCCGCCGACGAACCUUCAAGAACAUCUGGAAGAGCGAUACAUCCAUGAAUCUCAGCAACGAGCCUAGUCCUGGCGGCGGCGGCGACGAGCACAUGCAUCGCCAUCACCAUCGCCACCACAGCGAUGGCAUGCCCAACACGACGACGACAUCAGACGUCGUCGUCGAACACAACCUCCCCACCCCCAUCACCCCAACCUGCGCGCCCGACCUCAUCGACACCCCGCACAAAUACUCCGACAGGAACCUCUCUCCCAUGCAGGCUCACGCCCACACCCGUCCUGGUGGUAACCCAGGAGGAGGUCUAACACGCCAGCCAUCAAGCCUCUCACAGAUGGAAUCAGACUCCGACUCCGCCUUUCCCCCCUCACAAUCCCAACCCCAACAACAGCAACCAUCAAAUUCGAACUCGAACUCGAUCUCGAACUCAGCCUCAGAGUCAGACUCCGACGACGCGGAAACCCAACAGCAACAAGAACAACAAGAAUCCCGAGACCGAGACGAUGAAGAACUAGAGGAGGAUGAAGAAGAGCAAGCGCAGAGAAUACAGUUCCUAGCCACGCAGUCCGGCCCCGCGACACCGCACGGCACGCGGGACACCCGCCCCUCGUGGGAGGAAGUCGACCGCGCCGUCGACAUGCUGAAGGCCGCGGCCGUCGAGGAGGAGGAGAAGCGCCAUGGCCACGCGGACGCGGAGUUGAACGGCGACGAUGGCCGGAAGAAGGAGGAGAAGGAGAAUGAGAAGCCGAAGUUGGGACGGUCGGCAAGCUAUGCGGGGCGGAGGGGGGGGAGUGGGCUGAGUAGUAGUGAUGACGAUGAGGCGGAGGAUGAGGUCGUGGAGGGGGAGUUGGAUAUGUGAUGUUGGUG